UUGACAUUUGUUUAUUUUAUAUUUUAAUCAAAAAUAGUGUAAUUCAUUUAAUCUUAUUUUAUUUGAAUGUAUACAAUUUAUUUUUAAUUGACUCAACUUAAGUCUAAAUACUAAUCGUUUAUUGAAAACUGAAAUCAUGGGGAGACGUUCGAUAAACACCACUAAAAGUGGUAAAUAUAUGAAUCCCACAGAUCAAGCGAGAAAGGAAGCCAGAAAAAAAGAAUUAAAAAAAAAUAAAAAACAACGUAUGAUUGUUAGAACUGCUGUAUUGAAAGGAAAAGAUCCAUUACAAAUACUUGCUGAAAUGGAAAAAAUUGAUCAAAUGGAAUAUAAUGUUGUUCAGCCAUCUCCUCUUAAUGAAAAAGUAUUAAGGGAAAAAAGAAGAAAACUUAAAGAAACAUUUGAUCGAGUUAUGAAAAUGUAUGUAAAGGAUGAACUUGAUAAAUAUCAUGAGAUCAAACGAGCAGAAUCGGAAUACGAGAAACGUCGUUUCAAGUUAAUAUCAUACUUUGAUGCAGUAAAAACAGCUCAACAAGUAUCAGUUGAUGAAAUUCCAUUACCUGUUAUGACAUCAAAUAUUCCAUUACCUGCUUCUGAUACAGAAUAUAACUCUAAUGAAUUGCCUUUAGGAAUACUGAAAAAGCCACCAUUGUAUACUAGUCCACCAAUGUCACCAAUAUCUGGUACAAAAAAACGGCCCCCGGGUGUGCCCCCAGGUGUACCACCAAUAUUAACAGAUGAAGAAAAGGAUGAUGAUGAUUACGAAGAUGAUUCUAGUGACGGAGAAAUUGCUCCAAAACGUUCCCGCACAUUAAGAUUUGCUGAACCAGAUGAUUCCGGCAAAGAAAAUAAAACUACUGACGAUAUAGAGAUGUUCAUGAGAGAGAUUGAUGAAGUUCAAAAGAGGAGUUCAACAGGAAAACAUGAAGACUCUAAUGAAAUUCCUUUACCAUUACCUGCUCCAUCAGGACGUUUACCUCCAGGAUUACCACCAAGUUUACCUGUUGGUGUUCCUCCUCCUAUGCCAUACCGAGGAGGACCUGCUGGUAGAAUGCCUCCAGGCCCACCUCCUGGUCGACCACCAAUGUUACCUCCUGGACCUCCGCCUGGUUUACCACCACGUAUGCAUGUGAGAUUACCUCCUGGACCCCCUCCUGGAAUGCCACCAAGAAUGAUGAGGUAUAACUCUGGUAUGCAUAACAAUAUGAAUACAACUGCAGCAGCUGUUACUGCUACUACUGUAACACCAAAUAUUGUGAGUGCCGAACCGCAACUUAUUAAUCGCGACGAAGCUCAACAUAAUACUGGAUCUACUAUUGAAGCAAAACCAAAAAUGAGAAAUCUCGCAGCUGAUAUCACACGAUUCUUGCCUACAUCAAUCCGAGUGAAAAGAGAUGAUGGUAGACCAAACAAACGAGAUAAUGCAUGGGAACAACACAAAGCUGCAGAGUAUAAAUCUAAUAUUGCUGCCAGUAACCAACAAGCUGGGCAACAGACUAAAGAUGAUGCAUAUAUGCAAUUUAUGCAAGAAAUGGAAGGGCUCCUUUGAAUUUGUUCAUAUUAUAUCUAUACUUAUAUAUUUUUUUGUAAUUAACAAAAUUAUAAAACUAGUACAUUUUUA